UUAUAUAUGGGGUCAUCUCGAUGUUUUCUAAACGUCAAGGUCUUUGUAGCAAAGUAGGUCCUGCGAGAGUGUAGGUCCAUUCUGCAAUUUACCAAUGUCCUCCCCCGUCGCCGAAGCCGAAGAGCCACCACCACUGAUUCCGCCAUUUCCGGAUGAUGUCGCUGUGAACUGUAUCGCUCGCGUCCCGAGAUGUUUCCAUCCGAGCCUGGCCCUCGUCUCCAAGGGCAUUACAUCGCUUCUCACUUCGACCGAUCUUUACGCCGCGCGAUCCAUCCUCGGAUGCGCCGAAUCGGUCCUCUGCAUCUGCCUAGGGUUCAUGGAUGAUCCCGAAACUCACUGGUACACUCUCACCCGAAAACCCUUUCGGACCAAACCCCCAUCGACGACGACGACCGAGGAUCCGUUCGUCCUCGUCAAGUCCUUUGUCUCCCCGCCUCGGGUCCAAUUCGGCACCGUCUCGGUCGGUUCGGAGAUCUACUUCAUCGGUGGAUCGAACGGUGGCGUGCCCACCUCGAGCGUUUCGAUCUUCGACUUCGUAUCUCGCACUUACCGAGAAGCCCCGAACAUGCUGAUGCCGCGCAGCAUAGCCACCGGACUGUUCGUCGACGGGAAGAUAUACGUGGCCGGAGGGUGCAAGGUCGACGAUUGGGAGAGAUGGGCUGAGGUUUUCGACCUCAAGACGCAGACUUGGGAGUUCGUCCCGAGCCCGAGCGCCGAGUUACGCCAGAAAUGGACGACCCAGAUGAGGUCAAUGCGGUAUAAGAACCCGGAGUUUCGCGAGAAGAACGUGCGAGACAUCGCGUUAGUGGACGGGAAGAUUUACUUCUUAGGCAAUAGAAACAGUGUAGCUUACGAGCCGAAGGAAGGCAGAUGGGAAAUGGUGGACGAUGAGAUGCAUAUAUGGUGUAAGGGGACAUCGGCCGUCGUGGACAAUGUACUGUACCGUUUCGGGCUGUCGGGGAGAUUGUUAUGGUACAACGCGAUGAAGAAGGUGUGGAAAAACGUGAAGGGUGUGGAAGAACUGCCUGAAGGUUUUGAGAGGGUGUUAAUGAUGAGUCAUGGAGGAAAGCUUGGUGUAUUCUGGGAAAAUGAUUGGGAAUGUAGCCGCAGACAUGAUGGGUACAAGGAGGUUUGGUACGGAGAGAUUGUGUUGGAAGGUCUCAACAAAGACCAUGACAUGAUUGGGAGGUUUCACUGGUCCAAAUCUGUGCUUACAGUCCUUAAUGAUUAUUAUAUUCUGGAAUCUGCAACUGCUACUCUUUGAUCAUCCUCUGCAAGAGACGAGGGAGAGGCCGAGAGGCCACUCGCUGGGAGAUUUGGCCGUUUGGUCAUGCUGUGUUUACUGUCUUUAAUUUGUAUUCAGGGAGCGAUGAUCACCCAUAAGAUGGCUUCAACUAUUGGAACUAUCAUCCGGGGUUAUAUGUUUUUGCCUCUGUGAUGUUUCUCCAAGACCUUCGUAUAAGUAUUUUUGUGAUGAAUGAUUUCUUAAAUAAAAGUUUUUUUUU